AUGACAACACAAAUGAUAUCUUUAGGACCAUCCAUUAAGACAAAUCUCAAGUUUUCUAAGGACGGAAAGUUUUACUUUUAUGGGAAUUUACACGCCGUUGGUAUCGUUUCUGUCGACACUAACACGGUUGUCCAAGUCAUCGACUUCAGACAAUCAGUAAGGUCGAUAGAAGUGAUGGACGAGCAAACCAUAGUAAUUGGAACUGAAAGAGGCCUUGUAUAUACGUACAACUAUAUAACUGAACAACGCAAGAAGAUAGUGGAGUGUGGAGAGAUGCCCGUUAUUAAUUUGGAGUUUUACUCUUCAUACCUUCUCAUUGUCACACCAAUGCGCAUUUUGUUAAUUCAAAACGGUGAUGUUAUUGACGACAUCUCAAGUGACAUUUUGAUAGAGACGGCGGUUCUUUUAAGAAACGAGCAUACACAAACUGAACUAGAAAAUUCGACGACUCAAUUACCUACCAUCGCCUACGCUUUAACUGAUGCUUCAGGUACUUUAGUACUCAAGACUGGAAAGAAUGAAAGGAGAAUACCAGGUAACAAGACGUGGGUGACAGUAGUGAGGCAGUCAGUUGAGAACGAUCGUAUCUUUAUAGGUACUGAUGCGGGUAAGGUGAUUGUUCACAAGUAUCCCUCUCUUGAAGUUGAGUCUGUUGUACCUGUGAGUGAUUUACGUAUUAGUGGGAUAUCAUGCCACAAUGAUAACACGUUUAUAGUAUCUUCUAUCGACUGUUCAAUACAAAUCUUCCAAUUGAGUGACUUAUGGUUGAGUACAUUACGCCUCGGGGGUGUCGGUGAGGAGCGAUAUAUCCGUUUUGCAUUUUCAGAGAAGACAAGGAUCCUCAUUGCACUUUCAAACCUGUGCCACUUGCAUGGCUGGAAACUCGACUCGAAGUACUCGACACCAACACAGAUUGUACUUCCAACAGGUCACUCCUUAGCAGUGUCUUCUGUCGAGUUAUAUAAACUUCCUACAAUACCAGAGAACUUAGCUUUGAUAUCAUCAUCCGAAGAUUUCACUGUCAGAGUCUUUGUGAAGACACCAAAGAAAGAGAGAAGUGUGGAGAGGUGGGUUGAAGUUGCACGUCCAUUAGUGCAUGGGUAUCCGUUAACACGUGCUGUGAUGAUCGACCAUCCACUUCGAAUAUUGACUUCUUCUGUUGAAGAGAAACCAAUUCGUGUUUUGGAAACCUCAAAGUAUUUUAUAGAUACCGUGAGGUACGUCACAAACUCAAACUUCUCACGAGAAGAUAUGUUGUACUAUGACAAAUCCCCUAUUGGCGCGAAUCACCAACCACUUUCAUUGACUAAUACACCCCUCAGAGAGCAUACAGGAAGCUCUAGACAGUCUCGGGUGCAAUCGCCAACAAAGCCACAGUUCGACUUAAAAACGCUUGUAGUUCCUGACAGUGAUGAAAUGCCGAUUGAAGACAUAGUGGUUGCCUCUGUACCCAAAAUCUAUACGAGUGCUCCCCCCGAGGAAGAAUUGCACUACCACACAUUAUGGCCGGAGACCAACAAGUUACUUGAACAACAGAGUGAAGUGGUUCAAUUAGAAAUCAGUAAAGACGAGCAGUUUAUAGCGACGGGUGGACUUUACUUGAAGCCGUCCCAAUUCACAAAAACAGUGAUACCAGCGAAGACUGUCUAUUUGUGGAAGAAAGAUGGGGAAUCAUAUAAAGUGUUGAACUCGUAUCUUCCCUUUGAGGAAGAGGACGAGAUUGAAGGUCUUAUAUAUGACGGGUCUCAUAUUGCAGUUGGUGGCAAGAAUGGCAAAGUUGCUAUUAUCAAUGUGUCCACUCACACGAUGCAGACGGUUGAUGUAUCUACUGAGAAGAUAAGUGGGAUGUGUUCUAUAGGAGACUCUGUGUAUGUUGGGACACCAUCAGGCCAGUGUUACAAAAUUAACAAAGACACUGGUUGCAAGACGUUCUGGGUGUUUUUAAAUAAGGCGGUCAGUGUGAUGCGCGACUUCCAUGAUAACAUAGUGAUUGGAUAUGAGGAUGGGUCCAUCGAUUUCUUAGAACAAAGUGGUGAAGGCAAACACUUCCAAAAGGAUUCCAAUGGGAAAGUUGUGAACUGCUGUCCUUCAAAAGUGUUGUCGUUGAGUGUUAUUGAGUUUGAAGGAAAGCCAUUGAUUGCUGCGUCUGAUGAUAUUGGGACGAUCAUAGUGUUUUCGCUUUAA